GCGACGGGCCUGGGCGGGACCGCGGGCCGCAGCGCGGAGCGGGUCGAGAGCAUGGAGCCGGUGAGGGAGCGGGUCAUCAGGGUCACCUUCAACGCCGACGUGCACUCCAGCAUCCAGUGGAACUUCAAACCGCAGCAGAGCGAGAUCUUCGUGGUACCAGGAGAGACAGCACUGGCCUUUUAUAAAGCGAAAAACCCUACUGACAAACCAAUAAUUGGAAUCUCUACCUACAACGUAAUACCCUUUGAAGCAGGACAGUAUUUCAAUAAAAUACAAUGUUUUUGUUUUGAAGAACAGCGGCUAAACCCUCAAGAGGAAGUGGACAUGCCUGUCUUUUUCUACAUUGAUCCAGAAUUUGCAGAGGACCCUAAAAUGGCUAAAGUUGAUUUGAUCACCCUCUCUUACACUUUUUUUGAAGCAAAGGAAGGACUGAAGUUACCACUUCCUGGAUAUCAGUAAUGGGCAAUCCCUACACAGUUUUACUUCUGCUACCUGACUACCAGUUUUGAAACUGUUUUUCCAUGGAAGGAAGAAUGGCAGGAGUACUGUGCAAUAUGAAAUCAUAUUAUUAAACCACCAUGGACACA